AGUGCCUGUUGCUGUCACCGUGCAGCCUAGGUUUUUCUUUUUCCUGCAGGUUUUGGCUCAGAAGAACUGCACACCAGGGAGUCCCUCCAGUUCUUCCCAGACUCUGCCCCGUGUGGCUCUCUCAGGGGUCCCACAAUUGCGAGCUGUGGGUCUGUGAGUGUGAGUGUUUUUAUUCGUGUCACACUUAUUGAAGAGCGUGUAUGUGAGAGUGUGGGGUGUAUGUGCCAGAGAGAGGAAGGGAAGGGCAGAGAGACCGACUGACUCUGUGGCCUCAGUUCGAGCAUUCCUUAGCCGGCAGCUUCUGGAGCCAGGAGAUCUCCCGUGGUGCACAGCUCAGAGAUGAAGCUCCCCUGGAAAAUCCUUAUGGCCGCUCCUCUAUUCUUCCUCUUGCCCCUGCACUCCUCAGCUUCUCCAGCCUACCGCGACCAGCUGGGCACCACCCACUCCAACGGCCACACCUGCGUAGGGUGUGUGCUGGUGGUAUCCGUGAUUGACCAGCUGGCUCAAGUUCACAACUCAACCGUGGAGGCCUCGAUGGAGAGACUAUGCAGCUACCUACCUGAAAAACUGUUCUUGAAGACCACCUGCGAUUUAGUGGUUUACUUGUUUGGACCAGACAUCGUAAAGCUGCUUAGCGCAGAUAUGAAUGCUGAUGUGGUGUGUCACACACUGGAGUUCUGUAAACAGGACACCGGCCAACCUUUGUGUCAUCUCUACCCGCUUCCCAAGGAGGCAUGGAAAUUCACACUAGAGAAAGCAAGACAAAUUGUCAAGAAAUCCCCAACUCUGAAAUACUCUAGAAGUGGUUCUGGCAUUUGUUCACUCCCGUUUUUGGCCAAGAUCUGUCAGAAAAUUAAACAAGCUUUUCAAAAUUCUGUGCCAUUCAAAGAUGUAGAUUCAGACAAAUACAGCAUCUUCCCAACGCUGCGGGGCUAUCACUGGCGAGGGCGAGACUGUAACGACAACAACAAGUUGGUGUACCCAGGCAGAAGGCCAGACAACUGGGAUGCACAUCAGGAUUCAAACUGUAACGGCAUUUGGGGUGUUGAUCCAAAAGAUGGAAUUCCAUAUGAGAAGAAAUUCUGUGAAGGUUCACAGCCCAGAGGAAUCAUUUUGCUGGGAGACUCGGCAGGGGCUCAUUUUCGCAUUUCUCCCGAAUGGAUCACAGCUUCGCAGAUGUCUUUGAACUCCUUCUCUGAUUUACCAACAGCUCUUAGAGAUGAACUCGACUGGCCUCAACUCUCCGGUGUUACUGGGUUUCUGGACUCCACUAGCAGAAUUAAAGAAAAUUCUAUUUACCUUCGUUUACGGGAAAGAAACCACUGCAAUCACAGAGACUACCAGAAUAUUGCAAGAAAUGGUGCAUCUUCCCAAAACCUGAAGAAAUUUAUAGAAAGCUUGUCUAGGAACCAACUGUUGGACCAUCCAGCCAUCGUGAUAUAUGCCAUGAUUGGAAAUGAUGUCUGCAAUGGGAAAGCUGACCCAGUUCCAUACAUGACCACUCCUGAGAGAUUGUACUCCAAUGUCAUGCAGACUCUGAAAUACCUCAACACCCUCCUGCCCAAUGGCAGCCAUGUUGUUUUUUAUGGCUUGCCAGAUGGAACCUUUCUCUGGGAUAAUUUGCACAACAGAUAUCAUCCUCUCGGCCAGCUAAAUGAAGACGUGACCUACGCGCAAAUGUACUCCUUCCUGAGCUGCCUUCAGGUCAGCCCCUGCCACGGCUGGAUGUCUUCCAACAAGACGCUCCGGACUCUCACUUCAGAGUCAUACAGGAGUGGCAGAAGAGAGGCGGGCAGCCCUGGGAGCUCAUUGAACCCGUGGACGGAUUCCACCCCAACGAGGCAGCUUUGCGGCUGUUGGCAGAUCGCUUCUGGAAGAAGGUGCAGCUCCAAUGGCCCCAGGUCCUGGGAAAGGAGAAUCAGUUCAACCCCCAGAUUGAGCAGGUGUUUGGAGACCAAGGCGGGCACUGAGCCUCCCGGGAACACGCCCCUCUGGGGUUGGGUACCAGGAGGCGGGAGCUCGGUAAACUCAUUCAACACGCCACUGCGGAGGCGGCUUCGUUUGAGGCCCAAAGGCCCCUCUUUCAGCAGCAUCUCUGCGAAAUGCUUUUCUCUCAGUUAAGAGUGUAUCUGAGUGACAGUGUGAUGCUGUGUGCUUCUGGGGUCGGUAACCCUCCAACUGUUCCUGAAAUAACCUUUAAUAAAGCACGUUGGG